UUUAUCCGGGGGAAGUGGAGCUAACCGAGGCAGCAGCUUGACCGGAGGGAAAAAUACAAAAAUAAGAAUCAUGGAGGAGUCACAUUUUAACAAUUCGUCAUAUUUCUGGUCUCCUGUGACCACAGUACCAGGACAGGUUGAUAAGAAUAGUUCCUUCUCCCCCUCCGCUGGGCCUCACUACCAGCCCGCAGUGGUCACCAUUCCCGCUCCUGGAGCCAAACUCGAAGGUUCAAACCAGCCGGGUCGAGUGCCGCACCACCAAACUCCACACAGCACCCAGAACAUCACUGUGCUCCCGGUCUCCACCACUGGCAUCAUGACAGCAGCUGGUCUGGUCAUCACGACGCCGCAGGGGACUCUGGUUUCACCCAACUCACCUCAGUCGUUUGUCUCGGGGCCUCCAGGAGCGACGAUGGUGGUGUCCUCUCUCCAUGCGACCGACACAGAUAAAAAAGUCAUGCCGUCGCCUUCAAAGAGAGGAAGAAAAAAGAAGACUACCAGGAUUGGACCCGGAGGUGAAACGAUCAUUCUGGCUCAGCUCACACCAGAUGGACAGGUGACACCAGUGGAGGCAGAUCCGUAUGAUUUAUCCCAUGAAGAGGACAUCCGAGGACCAAAAGACAGCACAAAAACAUACAGGUGCCGGAUGUGUGCGGCGACCUUCUUCAGUAAGUCUGACAUGCAGAUCCACUCCAAGUCGCACACAGAGGCCAAACCCCACAAGUGUCCGCACUGCGCCAAGUCAUUCGCCAACUCCAGCUACCUGGCCCAGCACAUCCGCAUCCACAGCGGAGCAAAGCCGUAUACGUGCUCCUACUGCCAGAAAUCAUUCAGACAGCUCAGUCACUUACAGCAGCACACACGGAACCACACGGAGUCGAAGCCCCAUAAAUGUCCUCAUUGCACAAAGUCGUUCGCCAACUCGAGCUACUUGGCCCAGCACUUCCGCAUUCACACCGGAGUGAAGCCGUACGCCUGCACCGUCUGUGAAAAGUCCUUCAGACAGCUCAGCCACCUCCAGCAACACAACAGGAUCCACACAGGAGACCGGCCGUACAAAUGCAACCACCCAGGCUGUGAGAAAUCCUUCACACAGCUCUCGAAUUUACAGUCACAUCGACGCCAACACAACAAAGACAAGCCCUACAAGUGCGCCAACUGCAACAAGGGCUACAUAGACGCGGCGAGCCUGGAGGUCCACAUGGCAACGCACACCGUAAAACACGCCCGCAUCUACUCCUGUGGUCUCUGCAACCGCUCCUACACAUCAGAGACCUAUUUGGUGAGACACAUGGAGAAACACAGCGCAGACCAGUUAGCAUCUGCAGCAGCCGGACAAGCAAACCAGCAGAACCAGGGCGGCCGAGAAGAGGGUAAGCCAGCGGAUGCUUCGCCAAAUCGCCCCGGGGCAGCUGUGACUUCGGGAGCCAGCGGGACAGCUCAGCAAGGAGGACAAGCGCCGAGUAACUAUCAGCAAACGGAAGGCGUGCCCUGCGCUUUUGAUAUCCACCAGUACAAGACCGUGGCCGCCAGUGACAUUCAGUACAAACCCGUGAAUGUGUCUGAAAUCCCGCCACAUAAAGACCUGUGCCUCACUGUGUCGGCGUCCACGAUCCAAGUGGAGCACCUGAACUCGUAGAGAUGAAUGCAAAUGUUAUUUCACUACUAAAAGAAAUAGAAAGAAAAUACAAGACUUAAAAGGGGCUGUACCUAAUGCUUUUGUCUAGGUUUUGUCUGGGACUUGCACCAAUACAUUAUAUCAUAAAAGCAGCUAUUAAUGACUAAACUGGUCUGCAUCUGAUUUUUAAAAAGCAUCAUUGGCACCAAAACCAGCACACAAGGCAACAUUCAUAUUGAUUAAGCAUUGAAGGAUGGGUCAAAUGCAUAGCACGAAUUUCCCUCUGAAUGUUGUGAAAGGUACUUAAUAACUCAUCCUCGCGAAGAAUCCUAAUGUUUAGAAUGGGUUAGGAAAUGUAAAAAAUCAUUUGGAAUGUUAAAUUUGACUUUCUUCUUCUGUCACUAUUUCAAAACUUGACAAAACCAGGUACAGCCCCUUUAAAUGUGGACAAAUAAAAGCAAUAUAAUCAUUCACAAGAACUAUUGAAGCAAAGACUGUACCGGGUAACGACUAAAGGCAGAGGACAAUAUGAAAAAAUACAUUGUCAUAAAUGUAAACUAUAGUAGUUUUAUUUCUCAGUUUUGUCAUCUUUUUGCAUUCAAAUUGUUGUCCUUUAGCCUGGCUGAUCAGAGUAGCAAGUGCAUGUAAAGGCUGCAAUGAUGAUGUUUCAAUCCAUCACACUGAUGGUUUUUAUUGAAAGAAACGAGACAUUGUUCUUUUUAUUCUUGCUGCUCUUCCAAACAUAUUCACCUCCAGCAGCUCUAGUGUUAUGGCUUUUCUGUUUAUGAUGGUGAUGCAUUGCAAAAACAGAAAAACUUGUUAAAAUGGCUUGAAUUUUGAAUAUUAGUUUAUUAUUAAAGGUGAUCUAAGUUUUAUGGUGGAAGGUUUGUCAUCUGCUCGACUAAUAAAAAUGGUAUCACUUUGCGUGGAAUUUUUCACAUCAUGGUAUAAACCUAUUUAUACUUCAUUUAUUAAAUUAUAGUUGUUUUUAUUGUUUAAAAAAAUGCUGGAAUCACUUGCUUGUCUCCAUGGAGAGGGACAAGCUUUAUGUUUUAUAGGUGGUGAAAAUAUACCAAAUAACUAAAACUAGUCUUUUAAAAUAAGUUUAAUAUUUUGAAUUCAAGUCAUUUUAACCCUGGUAGAAUGACUUUCUUGCAGUGUUAACAUGUGAAGGUAAGUUUUACUACUUUCACAUAGUUGGUCAGACUGUUAUUGUCUUUGCUGUGCUGUUGAAGACUAUCCACCUCCAAAGGGACAAACAUCAACAUUGGAGUAUUCUACAAAAUGACUUUUUUUUAUAAUGAUUUGACUUGUUUGGACUUUGAUCCAUGCAAAGACUCAUUUGCAGGCCUUCAUGAGAUGCGAGUAGCCUCUUCAUGUUUCAUGUAAUUCUAGUGUACUGUUAAGCUUGUAUGAAUAAUGUAACUAUUCAAAUGUGUUGUUGCUAUAAUACUUGCAUACUAUCCAAGUUUACAUAACCCUAUUAAUGGACAAGAUCACGCAUCAUUAGUUCAAGAUAAAAUAAAUCAUACUGCAAUCAUGA